UCCCAGGCGGUAUUCCUCCAUCAGAUUUGUUAGGGCUUCUCCAUUAGUUCUCUCUCAGACGUUAUUAAGGCGACAACAUGCUGUCCGAGCUCGAGUGCGGGAUCUGUUACCGGCUUUUCGACACUGGCCGUCGCUGUCCACGCCGGCUGGACUGUAAACACAGCUUUUGUGAAAGUUGCUUACUGACACUCGCGGCGUGUCAAAGCGAACCCUCUCAGUCCGGAUCUCGGAUCAUUUGCGCCUUUUGCCGACACACCACACUUCUGAACGAGGAGAAACUGAGAGACAACCUUCCAGUGGACGAGGACAUUUUGGUUCGCCUGGAGGUGGACGGUGUCCUCGGGGAAACCGAGAGCGACGCUGAGGAUGACGAAGAGCCGAGGACUGAGACAAGCAGCCAUUCUAAAGAAGAUCAUUUACCCACGACUCACAGAGGACGAGUGUGGAGAUCGAUCAAGCGUCUCUACAAGAAACUGAAAGGACCGAAUCAGCGUGGCUGUAUUACUGAUGCUGAAAUGAGGGACCUGGCCCUGAUGGCUUGCUACAUGGUGUAAAAAGCUUGGACUGAUGAACUUGAACUAUUGGAUGCAGACCAAUGGAGAGUUGGUGCAUGGAUAAUUCAUUUCAGAGCCACCUGAAAGUGCCAGAUUCGUUCCCCCCGCAGGCUACGAAGGAGAGAAGGGAAACAACCACAAGAAAAGAGGAAGGCAGGGUGCAUCAUGCAUCAACUUAAACUGCCUCGUGUUGAACGUUUUGCAUAUUACAUUUUCCAUACUGUGAAAAGCUGCUGUGAAUGUUAUAGCUGUAUGGUGGACUGCAGGUGACUUGCACUCUGAAUGUCAAGUAAUUUAUAACAAAGCAUGAAUUCUAAUGUGUUAACCUUUCACUUUAGCUUCUUGUAAAUAGACGUUUGUAUUUAUGAUACUUUUGUAAUAAUUUUUUCUAUGUUCAAUAAAGGUAUUUUAUUGUA